ACGACGGAAGACGGUUGCGCUCGCUCUCUCGGCGUCAUGGCGGCUGCCGGGAGCCGAUAAGCAGCGGGAGCGCGCGCGGCGGCGGCGACGACAACGACUCGUUACUUCUGCUCUGGCUGCCUUCGCCUCUGGUGCUUCAAUAAUGAAUUGAUUGUUGGGGACCCACUCGGCAGGGAUCGCGCGUCGGUGCCGCGGGCCGGGACUCCCCUCGCCUUGCGCGGCUCUCCUCGUCUCCCUCCCUCUCCGGACUCUGGCUUACCCCGAGACACCCGGACCCCGAGGACUCUGUGACCGAGAUCGCGGGCCCCGGCGCGGGGGAGGCCGCCGAUCCCAGCCGGCUCCCCGCGAGCCGGCUCGCCCUGCCCCGCCAAGUCCUCACGUCCGCCGGUGAAUCAAAGAGGGUCCCAGCAAACCUGUGAAUGUUGAAGAAAAUACAUCUGAAAUUUUGAUAUUCAAGGAGUCAGUAUUUAUAUUCAUCUUUUAAACUGGGAAGAUUUAUAUUUUGUUUUAAAACGUCUUGAUUUUACAAUGAAUGGACAGAGUGAUGAAGAAAGUGUGAGAAACAGUAGUGGAGAAUCAAGGGCAAAGAAACCGAAAUACCAGUGGAAGAGGAGAGAUAGAAGCCAGUCGGAUGAUGAUUCUGGGUCAGCUUCAGGCUCGGGAUCAGGUUCAAGUUCUGGAAGCAGUAGUGAUGGAAGCAGUAGCCAGUCAGGUAGCAGUGACUCUGACUCUGGAUCUGACUCAGGCAGUCAGUCAGAAUCUGAGUCAGAUACAUCACGAGAAAACAAAGUUCAAGCCAAACCACCGAAAGUUGAUGGAGCAGAGUUUUGGAAAUCUAGCCCUAGUAUUUUGGCUGUUCAGAGAUCUGCAAUGCUCAAGAAGCAGCAGCAGCAGCAGCAGCAACAGCAGCAACAUCCAGCUUCAUCUAAUAGUGGAUCAGAAGAGGAUUCCUCUAGUAGUGAAGAAUCUGAUGAUUCAUCAAGUGCCGUCAAAAGGAAAAAGCAUAAAGAGUACGCCAUAUUUGAAGAUUGGCAGAUGUCUGGGUCAGGAUCUCCAUCUCAGUCUGGUUCAGAUUCAGAAUCUGAAGAAGAAAGAGAUAAAAGUAGUUGUGAUGAAACAGAAUCUGAUUAUGAGCCAAAAAACAAAGUCAAAAGCAGAAAACCUCCAAGUAGAUCUAAGUCAAAAAAUGGAAAAAAGCUUCUUGGACAAAAAAAGAGACAGAUUGAUUCAUCUGAAGAUGAUGAUGAUGAGGAAGAUUAUGAUAAUGACAAAAGAAGUUCUCGUCGACAAGCCACUGUCAAUGUUAGCUACAAGGAAGAUGAAGAAAUGAAAACAGAUUCUGAUGACCUACUGGAAGUCUGUGGAGAGGAUGUUCCUCAACCCGAGGAAGAGGAAUUUGAAACAAUAGAAAGGUUUAUGGAUUGUCGUAUUGGGAGAAAAGGAGCUACUGGUGCUACUACAACCAUAUAUGCAGUUGAAGCAGAUGGUGACCCCAAUGCAGGAUUUGACAAAAACAAGGAACCAGGAGACAUCCAGUAUUUAAUUAAAUGGAAAGGAUGGUCCCAUAUCCACAACACUUGGGAGACAGAAGAAACUCUUAAGCAACAAAACGUUAGAGGAAUGAAAAAAUUGGAUAAUUAUAAGAAAAAAGAUCAGGAAACAAUACGAUGGUUGAAAAAUGCUUCACCAGAAGAUGUGGAAUACUAUAAUUGCCAGCAAGAACUUACAGAUGAUCUACAUAAACAGUAUCAAAUAGUGGAGCGUAUAAUUGCUCAUUCCAAUCAAAAGUCAGCAGCUGGUUAUCCUGAUUAUUAUUGCAAGUGGCAGGGCCUUCCAUAUUCAGAGUGCAGCUGGGAAGAUGGAGCUCUCAUUUCAAAAAAGUUUCAAGCAUGUAUUGAUGAGUAUUUUAGCAGAAACCAAUCAAAAACCACUCCUUUUAAAGAUUGCAAAGUAUUAAAACAAAGACCAAGAUUUGUCGCACUGAAGAAGCAGCCAUGCUAUAUUGGAGGACAUGAAGGUUUAGAAUUAAGAGAUUAUCAGCUGAAUGGUUUAAAUUGGCUUGCUCACUCUUGGUGCAAAGGAAAUAGUUGUAUACUUGCUGAUGAAAUGGGCCUUGGAAAAACAAUACAGACGAUCUCAUUUUUGAACUACUUGUUUCAUGAACAUCAGUUGUAUGGACCUUUUCUACUAGUUGUUCCACUUUCUACUUUAACUUCCUGGCAAAGGGAGAUUCAGACGUGGGCUUCUCAAAUGAAUGCUGUCGUUUAUUUAGGUGACAUUAAUAGCAGAAACAUGAUAAGAACUCAUGAAUGGAUGCAUCCCCAGACCAAACGGUUAAAAUUUAAUAUACUUUUAACAACUUAUGAGAUUUUAUUGAAGGAUAAGGCAUUCCUUGGUGGUCUAAAUUGGGCAUUUAUAGGUGUUGAUGAAGCACAUCGAUUAAAAAAUGAUGAUUCCCUUCUAUAUAAAACUUUAAUAGAUUUUAAAUCUAAUCAUCGCCUCCUUAUCACUGGAACACCGCUACAAAACUCCCUCAAAGAGCUGUGGUCAUUGCUACAUUUCAUUAUGCCAGAAAAGUUUUCUUCUUGGGAAGAUUUUGAAGAAGAACAUGGAAAAGGGAGAGAAUAUGGUUAUGCAAGCCUCCACAAGGAGCUGGAGCCAUUUUUAUUACGUCGCGUUAAGAAAGAUGUAGAAAAAUCUCUUCCUGCCAAGGUUGAGCAGAUUUUAAGAAUGGAAAUGAGUGCUUUACAGAAGCAGUACUACAAAUGGAUUUUAACUAGGAAUUACAAAGCCCUCAGCAAAGGUUCUAAGGGCAGUACCUCAGGCUUUUUGAACAUUAUGAUGGAGCUAAAGAAAUGUUGUAACCAUUGCUACCUCAUUAAGCCUCCGGAUAAUAAUGAAUUCUAUAAUAAACAAGAAGCCUUACAACACUUAAUCCGUAGUAGUGGAAAAUUGAUCCUUCUUGAUAAAUUGUUAAUUCGUCUAAGAGAACGGGGCAAUCGAGUAUUAAUUUUUUCUCAAAUGGUGCGGAUGUUGGAUAUACUUGCAGAAUAUUUAAAAUAUCGUCAGUUUCCUUUUCAAAGAUUAGAUGGGUCAAUAAAAGGAGAACUGAGGAAACAAGCUCUAGAUCAUUUCAAUGCUGAGGGAUCAGAGGAUUUCUGCUUUUUGCUUUCUACAAGAGCUGGAGGUUUAGGGAUUAAUUUAGCCUCUGCUGACACUGUUGUUAUAUUUGAUUCCGACUGGAAUCCACAAAACGAUCUUCAGGCACAGGCAAGAGCUCACCGAAUUGGGCAAAAAAAACAGGUGAAUAUAUACCGUCUAGUAACAAAGGGAUCAGUUGAAGAAGAUAUUCUUGAAAGGGCCAAAAAGAAGAUGGUUUUAGAUCAUCUUGUGAUUCAAAGAAUGGACACAACCGGGAAGACAGUACUACACACAGGUUCUGCUCCAUCAAGUUCUACUCCUUUCAAUAAAGAAGAAUUAUCAGCCAUUUUGAAGUUUGGUGCUGAGGAACUUUUUAAGGAACCUGAAGGAGAAGAACAAGAGCCCCAGGAAAUGGAUAUAGAUGAAAUCUUGAAGAGGGCUGAAACACAUGAGAACGAACCAGGCCCUUUAACUGUAGGAGAUGAGUUACUUUCCCAGUUUAAGGUUGCCAAUUUUUCAAACAUGGAUGAAGAUGACAUUGAAUUAGAACCUGAAAGGAAUUCAAAGAACUGGGAUGAAAUCAUUCCAGAAGAUCAAAGAAGACGAUUAGAAGAGGAAGAAAGGCAAAAGGAGCUUGAGGAAAUCUAUAUGCUUCCACGAAUGAGAAAUUGUGCAAAACAGAUUAGUUUCAAUGGAAGUGAAGGGAGGCGCAGUAGAAGUAGAAGGUACUCUGGAUCUGAUAGUGAUUCAAUCUCAGAAAGGAAAAGGCCAAAGAAACGAGGAAGACCACGCACUAUCCCUCGUGAAAAUAUUAAAGGAUUUAGUGAUGCAGAAAUUAGGCGGUUUAUCAAGAGUUAUAAGAAAUUUGGUGGCCCUCUGGAAAGAUUAGAUGCAAUUGCUCGAGAUGCUGAGCUAGUUGAUAAGUCAGAAACAGACCUUAGACGACUAGGAGAAUUGGUACACAAUGGUUGCAUUAAAGCUUUAAAGGAUAGUUCUUCAGGAACAGAACGAACAGGUGGUAGACUUGGAAAAGUGAAGGGUCCAACAUUCCGAAUAUCAGGAGUACAAGUGAAUGCUAAGCUAGUCAUCUCCCAUGAAGAAGAAUUAAUACCUUUGCACAAAUCUAUUCCUUCAGAUCCAGAAGAAAGAAAGCAGUAUACAAUCCAAUGUCACACAAAAGCUGCUCAUUUUGAUAUAGACUGGGGCAAGGAAGACGAUUCCAAUUUAUUAAUUGGUAUUUAUGAGUAUGGCUAUGGAAGUUGGGAAAUGAUUAAAAUGGAUCCAGAUCUCAGUCUAACACACAAGAUUCUUCCAGAUGAUCCUGAUAAAAAACCACAAGCAAAACAGUUGCAGACACGUGCAGACUACCUCAUCAAAUUACUUAGUAAAGACCUUGCAAAAAAAGAAGCUAUGAGACUUUCUGGUGCAGGAGGUUCCAAGAGGAAAAAAGCAAGAGCUAAGAAGAAUAAAGUGAUGAAGUCCAUAAAAGUAAAAGAGGAAAUAAAGAGUGAUUCUUCUCCCCUGCCGUCAGAGAAGUCUGAUGAAGAUGAUGAUAAAUUGAGUGAAUCCAAAUCUGAAAAUAAGGAGCGAUCCAAAAAGUCUUCAAUGUCAGAUGCUCCAGUUCAUAUUACUGCAAGUGGUGAACCAGUUCCCAUAUCAGAAGAAUCUGAAGUCCUUGAUCAGAAGACAUUUAGCAUUUGUAAAGAAAGAAUGAGGCCUGUGAAAGCAGCUUUGAAACAACUUGAUAGACCCGAAAAAGGCCUCUCAGAAAGAGAACAGCUGGAACAUACUAGACAAUGUUUAAUAAAAAUUGGAGACCAUAUCACAGAAUGUCUGAAAGAGUACACAAAUCCUGAACAAAUUAAGCAGUGGAGAAAAAACCUGUGGAUUUUUGUAUCUAAGUUUACUGAAUUUGAUGCAAGAAAAUUACAUAAAUUAUAUAAGCAUGCUAUUAAAAAGCGGCAAGAAUCUCAGCAAAACAAUGACCAGAACAGCAACUUGAAUGCUCAUGUGAUUAGAAAUCCAGAUGUAGAAAGGUUAAAAGAGAAUACAAAUCAUGAUGACAGCAGCAGGGACAGUUACUCUUCUGAUAGACACUUAUCUCAGUAUCAUGAUCAUCACAAAGACCGGCACCAAGGAGAUUCUUAUAAAAAGACUGAUUCUAGGAAAAGACCCUAUUCUUCAUUUAGUAAUGGUAAAGAUCAUCGUGAAUGGGAUCACUACAAGCAAGACAGCAGGUACUACAGUGAGAGAGAAAAACACAGAAAGCUGGAUGAUCACAGGAGUAGAGAUCACAGGUCAACUUUGGAAGGAAGUUUAAAGGAUAGAUCUCAUUCUGACCAUCGAUCUCAUUCAGAUCAUCGGUUACAUUCAGAUCACCGGUCAAGUUCUGAAUACACGCAUCAUAAAUCUUCCAGGGAUUAUAGAUAUCACUCAGAUUGGCAAAUGGACCACAGAGCUUCCAGUAGUGGCCCCAGGUCACCACUAGAUCAGCGGUCUCCUUAUGGCUCCAGAUCUCCGUUUGAACAUUCAGUUGAACACAAAAGUACACCCGAGCAUACCUGGAGCAGUAGGAAAACAUAACAAAAAACUUGUCUUUCUGGACUUAACUUUUAGCCAUAUAUCAUAAACCAACACAGUAAUUGCCUUACAUGACUUGAAAAAAUUGAUUAUAAACAGAUAUUCUAUCAGUAGCAGUAUUGUUACUUCUUUCCAGGAUGCAAGGUCUAUUACCCCAACAGAAGAGAAAAUAUUUUUAUAUUUAAGGAUUAUGCUGCACUGUACUACAAAUAUUGUAGUACUUUUUUUUUCUUUUUUUAAAGAAAUGAAAAAUGUUUACUAUAACAGGGACCUCAACACUGCCCUCCCGUAUCCGUAUAGGCUGGAUAAAACUGUUUUUAAAAAGUCAGUGAUUUUUCAGCUGACCUCCAUUUAAAUUAUGUUUGUAUAUGUACUCUGACCUGUGAUCAUGUUUCAGGAAGGAAUGAAAGAGAGUUCUUUUCUUAAUAAAGAAAAAACACUCAAGGACUUUGUUCACUUUCCAAAGCUACUUGUUUACAUUGUACACUGCGACCACCUUGCCGCUUUUCAUCACAAGCUUGAAUAUUUAAAUUCUGUACUUAUACCUGUAAUAUAGCCAGGAAUUUCCUGUUUGUGAUCUAUUAUUAUGCCUUUUUACAAAAAAAGAGAUGGCUGUAAAUUAUUGUAAAUGUAUUAAAUGAGCUUUCCUUAUUUCCCUUUCUCAGGCUUUUUUUGACUGUUCCUUUCCCUACCAACUCAGGCCUUCUUAUUAAAAAAAAAUCAGUGUAAAAACACUUUCUAAUGAUUUGUCUUGAUGGAAUCAUUGUUUAGAAUGUAAAAAUGGGGAAAGGGGCCACCUAUUUCCAUUAGUUCUUUUUAUAUCAAAUAUUUUAUUAGAUACAUGUUAUUCCCUCUCUCCUUUAUUUUCUUUUUUAGUCAAUAUUUGUUUGUAUGUAAAAAAAUUGGUAUGCUCUGGAAACAUUUUUUCAGAAGGUAGACAUAUGAACACUCUCAAAAUCCAACAUAGCCAAAAGUGAUGAUAAAUGCAUUGUUUUCUCUUUUCAUGUGGGCAAUAAUGUCAAAUGUGCUAUGCAGCCAGGUUAACAUUUUAGAUAAACUCGAUUGACUUUUAAUAUAAACUGUUACAGUGCACACUGAUUGUAUAUAAAAACCUUCUUUAUGACAAAUUAAAUUUAAGUAAAAGGA